AUGAAGAUUCAAAAUGAUGAUCGCCCUGCCUCCAAGAAACGGAAAGCUCGUCCUUCCUCCUCUCUUUUUCAAAAAUCUGAAGCUGAAAUCACUCAACCUCCACCUGAGGAUACACCAUCACCACUUAUUCCAAAACCCACCUCUCCACUGCGUAACUCUCCUAAUGCUACUCUUUCUCCUAACUCACCUGUCCCCACACCAACUCAGUCUUCACCAAUCCACAAACUAACUCCCCUUCAUGAAGCUGAUCCUCUCCCUGCGGAUACCUUCACAUCAACUCCUCUUCAAAAUAUGGAAGAUGGUGAGGAGUUAUAUUUUGAUCUCAAUUUAUCUUAUCCUCCCUCUCCUACGGAUGUGCCUAUGGCUUCUCCACCAACUUUGACAGUGGAUGAAGAUCCUAAGGACUCAGUUCCUAGCACGAGGGUUAAGGACAACAAGAAUCAGAAGCAGAUGAAACUUCUCAAAUUAAUUAGGAAAGACCAGAAGAAAAUCAUUCACCGCUUCACUCACUUUCAUAACUUUUUGGUUCAAUUUGGUCUCAUCCUUGAAUGGGUUACCAAACAUUUGGUCCCUACUAUUACUCCUGGAGAUCAUCCUCCUGAGCUACCAGCCCAACCAUCCUCUGAUGUUCCAUCUCCUUCAUCUUCAUCAGAUGAACCAUCCUCAUCAGACUAA